AUGCUGAACAAUUUUGUCCGUCGUUUGAGUACCUCCUCUUCAAACCUGAAACUGAUACAGCCUCAAAUUCAAGUAUUCGGUGUAGAAGGUCGUUAUGCUACUGCUUUGUAUUCAGCGGCUACAAAACAAAAAUCUCUGGACAAGACUGAAAAAGACCUACAGCUAAUUAAAGAUACUCUAAGCAAAGAUGUUAAGCUACGUGAAUUCUGUGUUGAUCCGAGCCUGCAACGAUCGCUUAAAGUCACUGAGAUCGGUCGAAUUUUAAGCGUGUUAAAAGUGAAUGAUACAACUAAAAAUUUAUUUGUUACUCUCGCUGAAAAUGGUCGUUUGCCUAAAAUCAACUCUGUUAUCGACAAGUUCAAUCAAAUUAUGACAGCACAUCGUGGUGAAGUUAGCUGUACAGUACGUACUGCUAAACCAUUAGAUAAAACAUCUGAAAGUGAAUUACGUAAUGCUUUAAGUGGAUUUUUAAAACCUGGUGAAAAGUUACAACUCACAUUAGAGCAUGAUCCAUCCCUAAUUGGUGGUAUGGUGGUCGCGUUCGGUGAUCGUCUUAUCGAUUUAUCUAUUGCACGAAAAGUUCGUAUGCUUCGUGAUAUUAUACAACAACCAAUUUAG